AUGGCCACAGACGCAAUGCCAAAGAUGAACGGUCUGCAAAACGGGGGGAUGAUGACGAUGAACGAGAGCGAUGUUGAAAUUCUCAGCCCUAAUGACUUGUCUGAGUACCUGGCUGCAGGGACUAAGGAGUCUCAUGACAUGGCGGAAAACUCUCCGUUUGUCAAGGACUUCCUGAGGGGUCGCAUUAAGAGGGAACUCUUUAAGCUAGGUACAGCAGCCCUGUACUUUGUGUACUCCGCUCUUGAGGAGGAGAUUGAGAGAAAUCAGGACCACCCCAUGUUUGCUCCCCUGUAUUUCCCAUCGGAGCUCCACCGAAAGGAGGCAUUGUCCCGGGACUUGGAGUACUUCUACGGGGAGGACUGGGAGAACCAGAUCAGCUGCUCUGCAGCGACCCAGUCAUACGUAAAUCGAAUCCACCAGGUGGGACACGAGGACCCUGCACUGCUGGUGGCCCAUUCCUGGACCCGCUACAUGGGCGACCUGUCAGGAGGUCAGAUCCUAAAGAAAGUGGCUCAGCGUGCCUUGAAACUGCCCUCCACAGGUGAGGGACUCAACUUCUACCACUUUGAGGGAAUCCACAAUCCCACAGCCUUCAAGAGACUGUACCGCAGCCGCAUGAACGAGUUGGAAAUGGACGCGGAAACCAAAGAAAGACUGUUGGCCGAGGCUAACUUAGCCUUCAAAUUCAACCUGGAUGUUUUCGCCGAGCUGGAUGAAAUUGGCAAGACCAUAAACGAAGAGGUUUCAGAUGCAGGUUUCCCCCCACAUGGAGACAUGGAGGGAGACAUUAAUAUGUGUCCGUACUACGCGGCUAAAAUGGCGGCGAGUGGAAACACGACAUACGCCCGUCAGUUGGCAGCCAUGGUGUUUAAACAGGUUGUGGUGACACCCUGGGUCGCUGCAAUGGGUUGGUUACGUGGAACAUCCAAUGAACAAGCUCCGACAGAUUCAGCCAAAAGUAAUCAAAGAUAG